GAAAGACUGGAUGUUACGCGAGCCUGCCAGUUAUGCUAGCCGUCUAACCGGUCCGUCUGUUUUCAGUAGUAGGCUGGCUGCCGGUAAGACAAUUAUGCACAUUUUCUAUUAAGUUGCCUUCUAUAUGUCAUUAAUUGUAUCAUUCCAGCUACGCACAGAGGUUGUUUUUAGUUUGCACUCACUGUCAGAAAAUGGAACCUUUGCGGAAAUUGGCGAAGGAUAAUCCAUCGUCCACAGCUAAUCCUCUUUCCAAGAUUUUCUUCUGCUGGCUGAAUCCUUUAUUUCGUAUUGGCUGUAAACGAAGGCUAGAGGAACAUGACAUGUAUAAAGUUCUCCCAGAGGAUGGAUCCGAGAGACUAGGAGAAGAUCUACAGUGGUACUGGGAUCAAGAAGUGCAGAGAGCUGCAAAGGACCUAUGCACACCCAAACUAACCAAAGCCCUGAUUGCGUGCUUUUGGAGGUCCUAUUCUCUGAUAGGUGUAUAUACUCUAAUUGAGGAAAUUAUCAAAGUUAUUCAGCCAGUGCUUUUGGGCAAGCUGAUCCAGUAUUUUGAGAGAUAUGACCCUGAAGACCUGGCUGGUCUGUAUGAGGCCUGUGGCUAUGCCGCCGGCAUCUCUCUGUGCACCUUGGGGCUGGCUGCUAUGCACCACCUCUACUUCUACCAUGUGCAGAGAGCUGGCAUGAAGAUCCGGGUGGCCAUGUGCCACAUGAUCUAUCGGAAGGCCCUCUGUCUUAACAGCACAGCGCUGGGACAAACCACCACUGGAAAGAUCGUCAACCUCUUAUCCAACGACGUCAACAAGUUUGAUGAGGUCACUGUAUUUCUGCACUUCCUCUGGGUGGGUCCUCUGCAAGCAGCAGCUGUGUUAAUGUUGUUGUGGUAUGAGAUUGGACCAUCAUGCCUUGCAGGAAUGGCUGUCCUGGUGUUCCUGAUGCCUGUACAGACUCUGUUUGGUCGCUUCUUCUCCUCCCUCAGGGGCGAAACAGCAGCCUUGACAGACAACAGAAUCCGCAUAAUGAAUGAUGUGGUCUCUGGGAUCCGUAUAAUCAAGAUGUACGCCUGGGAGAAGCCUUUUGCAGCUCUGGUAGAUGAAGUCAGAAGGAAGGAGAUCUCCAAGAUCAUGAAGAGCUCAUAUCUGAGAGGACUCAACAUGGCCUCCUUCUUCGUGGCCAGCAAGAUCAUCGUUUUCAUCACCUUCAGUGUCUACGUGUUGACGGGGAACAGGAUCUCAGCCAGCCGGGUGUUUGUGGCUGUGUCUCUGUACGGGGCGGUGAGACUCACCAUCACACUUUUCUUUCCCAAUGCCAUUGAGAAAGUGUCCGAGGCUCUCAUCAGCGUCCGCAGGAUCAAGAAUUUCCUGAUGUUGGAUGAAAUUGAGACGCAGCUACUAGGACUCCCUGUGGCAGAUAAGAAGGACUGCAUGGUGGAAAUCCAGGAUUUAGUCUGUUACUGGGACAAGACUCUAGAUGCUCCAACGCUACAGAACCUGUCUUUCACUGUGAGAUCAGAGCAGCUAUUGGCUGUCAUCGGGCCAGUCGGGGCUGGAAAGUCAUCUCUACUUAGCACCAUCCUGGGGGAACUGACCCCAGAUAAGGGUGGGAUCAAGGUUACAGGUGAACUGACCUACUCCUCCCAGCAACCCUGGAUCUUCCCAGGGACCAUCAGGAGUAAUAUUUUGUUUGGCAAAGAGUUUCACCCUCAGAAGUACGAGAGGGUCCUCAGAGCCUGCGCCCUUAAGAGGGACCUGGAGCUGCUGCCUGAUGGUGACCUGGAAGUGAUCGGGGACAGAGGAGCCACCCUCAGUGGGGGACAGAAGGCCCGGGUCAACCUUGCCAGAGCAGUGUACCAGGAUGCAGAUAUUUACCUGCUGGAUGAUCCUCUCAGUGCAGUGGAUGCCGAGGUGGGGAAACACCUCUUCGAGCAAUGUAUUUGUGGCCUGUUGAGGGACAAGCCUCGUAUCCUCGUCACCCACCAGCUUCAGUACCUGAAGGCAGCAGAUCAGAUCCUUGUUAUGAAGGAGGGUCACAUGGUGGCGCGGGGUACGUUUGCUGAACUGCAGGGCUCCGGAGUUGACUUCACCUCCCUUCUGAAGAAAGACGAGGACGCGGAAGUGGAGGGGGAGGAGGCCGCGGUGCCCGCCCUCGGCAGACUCAGCCAUUCUCUGCGCACUCUGUCCUGGAGCUCCAUGCCCUCCCUCUCCUCCUCCAUGCAUUCUGUUAUGGAGGGAGCCGCCCAACCCGAGCCAGUACAACAUGGAGUGGUAGAGAGUCGUUCAGAGGGAACCAUCGGCUUCCAUCUUUAUCUGAAGUACUUCAGAGCAGGUGCUAACGUCCUGGUACUCCUGGCUUUGGUUCUCCUCAACCUGCUGGCACAUACUACAUACAUUCUGCAGGACUGGUGGCUGGCUUAUUGGGCCUCGGAACAGGAGCGUCUUAAUGUGAUUGAGAUCAACCUCAACGGCAGCAGUGGCACACAGCAGCUGGACCUUGACCUCUACUUGGGUGUUUACGCAGGUUUGACCGGGGCCACCAUAGUGUUUGGCUUCCUACGUAGCCUGAUGUUCUUCAAUGUCCUAGUGAGCUCAGCCCAGAGCCUCCACAACCGCAUGUUCGCAUCCAUUCUCCGAAGCCCGGUCCGAUUCUUUGACAUCAGUCCCAUCGGAAGAAUCCUCAACAGGUUCUCCAAGGACAUCGGCCACCUGGACUCUCUGCUGCCCUGGACCUUUGUGGACUUUAUACAGGUGUUCCUGCAGAUCCUCGGGGUGAUCAUUGUGGUGGCCUCCGUCAUCCCCUGGGUCCUCAUCCCUGUCGUCCCUCUCCUCAUCAUCUUCCUGUUCCUGCGUCACUACUUCCUGCAGACAUCCAGGGAUAUCAAGCGCCUGGAGUCCACCACCCGAAGCCCAGUCUUCUCCCACUUAUCCUCAUCCCUCCAAGGCCUGUGGACCAUCCGGGCUUAUAAAGCCCAGCAGAGGUUUCAGCAGAUGUUUGACUCGCAUCAAGACCUCCAUUCUGAGGCUUGGUUCUUGUUCCUGACCACGUCAAGAUGGUUCGCCGUGCGUCUGGAUGGCAUCUGCUCCAUUUUUGUCACCAUCACCACCUUUGGCUGCCUAUUGCUCAGGGAUGAGUUGAAGGCAGGUGCUGUGGGCCUGGCCCUGUCGUAUGGAGUGACCCUCAUCGGAAUGUUCCAGUGGGGGGUCAGACAGAGUGCAGAAGUGGAGAACAUGAUGACAUCAGUGGAGAGGGUGGUGGAGUAUACGGAACUGGAUAGUGAAGCUCCCUGGGAGAUGGACAAACGCCCUCCGCCUGAUUGGCCCAGGCAUGGCCAAAUCACCUUCGACCGGGUCAACUUCUCCUACAGCGUGGGCGGUCCGGAGGUGCUGAAAAACAUGACCGUGGUUUUCAGAUCCAGAGAAAAGGUUGGCAUCGUGGGGCGGACUGGCGCUGGUAAAAGCUCCCUGAUCUCUGCUCUGUUCCGGCUGGCUGAACCCGAAGGCCGGAUAUCCAUCGAUGGCAUUCUGACCUCAGAGAUUGGCCUGCAUACCCUACGCCAGAAGAUGUCCAUCAUACCUCAGGACCCAGUCCUCUUCACGGGCACCAUGAGGAAGAAUCUGGACCCUUUCAGCCAGCACACAGACCAGGACCUGUGGAAUGCACUGGGAGAGGUGCAGCUGAGGACCGUGGUGGAGGAGCUGCCCGGGAGGCUGGAGAUGGUGCUGGCCGAGUCGGGGUCCAACUUCAGCGUGGGUCAAAGGCAGCUGGUCUGCCUGGCCAGGGCCAUCCUCAGACAGAACCGCAUCCUCAUCAUCGACGAGGCCACUGCUAACGUGGACCCCCGGGCUGGACUGGAGCAUUGUUUCUGUGUGGAUACCGAGGUCAUUUCAGCCUCUUUUCCUGUAGGACGGACGGUCUCAUCCAGCAGACCAUCCGGGAGAAGUUUAGGGAGUGCACAGUGCUCACCAUCGCCCAUCGACUCAACACCAUCAUCGACAGUGACCGGAUCCUGGUUCUGGAUGCCGGGAGGAUCCAGGAGUAUGAUGAGCCCCAUGCUCUGCUUCAGAAUCAGGAAGGGCUGUUCUACCAGAUGGUCCAGCAAACAGGCAAGGCAGAGGCAGCCUCUCUGGUCCAUGCAGCCAAACAGGUUCAUCUGAACAAAAGCCAUUCCAGUGUCACUAACCGAUGGACGGACCUGAGCCCGUCUGGAGGCAGCCAUGUUUUCUUCGAGACGGCCCUGUGACAGGCGGCAUCGUUGUUUGACCUUUGACCCCUGUACUGUGGACCUCUGUGCUGGCCCCACCACGAGGAUGCCUCACACACUGUACCAGAGGUGACCAAAUAUUAUCCAGCUAUUGAUUUCACAAUGCCUUUUUCACAACAUCUGUCUGUGCCACUCGUGAAUGGCAUACAUAGGCCGUGUGUCCACAUAAAGCCUCAGGAGCUGUUUGAAACAAUUGUUUGCCUUUAGUUGAAAAACAAAAUGUCUGGUUAUGUUGUAUUGAUUAUGUUUUGCAAUAGUGGUUUCAUAUGUUUGUUGUGUGGCCCCUGGGUCAGGAUUAUUCUGAAACCUGCACUUGGGUGCUUGUAAAGAUUUAGGGGUGUGGAGUGUGUUUACUAGUGCAAUAUAAAGUGGAGAUAUGGCUUAUGCUGGUUGAAUACACAUUUUACAUUAUUUUGAGUAAAACCUACUCAUCUGCACAGCAGGUUUGACCAGUGAGUCUGAAUUAAUUUAAGUAACAUUGAUUUUGUAUUCUUGUGUUUGAACCUUAGACAAGUUAGGCUAGGGACAAUGUACUUGUGUUGUUGUUGCUUUCUAUAAUCAUUGUGCCUUGAUCAGAAUAUCGAUUAUUUGUAAUUACUCUGUAUUCAUUGAUUGUCUUAGGAACCUAGAUUGGUCUUCUUGCACUCUGAGUACAUUUAAGUACAUUUCAUUUACAUGUAAAGAAUUUAGAUGCUUUUAUCCAGAGCGAAAUACAGCAGUGAAUGAAUACAUUUUCACUGAGUAAAGUUACUACCUCUUUUCCGUGAUAAAGAUGAAAACACUUAUAAGGUUAAUGUAGAUGGAUUGUGUUAGCAUGUUUGUAGAUGAAUGCUCAAAAAGGCUAUUAAAUGAUUUGAAAAGCAGGAAGAAACAAAUGGUGUGUACUAUGUUUUUUUCACACAUUGAUCAUCUAUACCAAAAAUGAUGCUGUCUAUUUAUAAUUCCAGCACAGGUUUCUAUGGGUGGGUGAUGACUUUUCAUCAUCUGUCAAUUUGAAUGGAUAUGUUUGCUAUACAUGUACUGUAACAUAACAGAAAAUAUUGCAGUUGGAGUAAAGUUUAACAUUUUUAUGUUUAAGUCAUUUAGCAGAUGUGCAUAUUCAAAACGACCUAAAUUAAUCUUAAAACACCUAGGUGGGACAACCACUAGUACAUAGUACAACCAUGUACACCUAAUUCAGCAAAGUAGCUGUCAGCAAAGUCAGUACUAGAAGGAAGAGGAAAAUAUAUCUGCAGUAUGUUGAGAUUAUUGGGUACAAAAUUUCACAGUUGAUUCAUAUUUCUGCUCUUUAACUGCAAUAUUUUCAGUUAUGGUUCUGAUUGUCUUGUUUUUGUUGAAUGCAGGUACAGUAUAUUUUGACUGUACAAAACGUGUGGUAAUUGAAUUGAAACCAUUGAUCCAGUUUCAGUUAGUGAUCAUUUGCAACACGCUUGGUGGAGCAUUGCACUUGUAACGCCACAGUAGUGGGUUAAAUUCCCACAAGCAGUCAUUUGUUAAAUGUAUGGGACUUUAUGUGGUUUUGGAUGAAUGGCAUAUCGUAUUAUAAUAUGGUACUAGUACCGUCACACUUAAGUGUUUAUCAAUGAGUGGUGCAAGAAAUCAAGGUACAACAUCACCCGUAAAG